CAGCCCACCCCCUUUCCUUUCCUUGUGCCAAUUGGGAACGUCCCUUGGUACGCUCUCCCUGUCGUGCUACUUGCAUCCAAGUCCCGCCUGCUGCACGAAAACUGAGAGUCCAAUGGACAGGGCGCCCUUGCUGAAUGCCGGGCCAUUUCUCUCCGGCUCAGUCUCACUGUGUCUUACAUGUCUCUGAUGUCUCUGAUGUCUCUGAUGUCUGAGCCUGCUACCUUGGACAACUCUCCAGCCAGCGUACUUUUUCUCUCUCUUCGAAUCUCAACUAGUUUCUGGACAGAUGCUCGUUACCUGUCGCCCAGAGACAGCUCCUCCAUGGUACCGGUAUCAGGCCACGUCUAUUCCCCCGACUUUGUACUCCACCUCUCAACCACACACACACACACACACACACUCUCUCUCUCUCUCUCUCUCUCUCUCUCUCUCUCUCUCUCUCUCUCUCUCUCUCUCUCUCUCUCUCUCUCUCUCUCUCUCUCUCUCUCUCUCUCUCUCUCUCUCUCUCUCUUACUUACCAUUUCCCCCGGAUUGCCAUCGUCAUGGGCACCUACGUGUGUGUUAUCGGCCUCGUUUUAGCCAUCCACCUCACACUGAGAUACCUAGCCUACCCUUCGUCAUAUGGCACCCUUCAUUUACAUUCUACUCGACACGGCGAAGAGGACCCUGUUUCCGUGUGGCUUGCAGUUCUCUCCAUGAAUGGUCCAUCGACGUGAAAGUAAUCACCAGGCCCAUUGCACAAUCUGUGCCCCUCUCCGUCGCUAUCUCUAUCUCAUCUCACACUGUCUCGACACCUCUCCCAAAAGUUCACCACCACCCUCCCAUACCUCGCCUUGCCGUCCGGCUGCAACAUCUCCUUCCCGGCGAUACUGGUCUCUAACGAAAAGCAAGCAUGUAUAUACCCCAUUUUGGCGGGAUCUAGUAUACGUCCUAGGUGGGAUGACCACCAUCCUGUGCGUCCACCUCCAGGAAUAAGAAACCACAGAUCGAGGCCACGGCAACCGAUCUAAGCUCCAGUGGUUGUCUUUAUUUGAGAUACUUACAAUAUGCUUGUUUCAUGCUCUCGCCAUUUGCCUUGCCC